CAUCGCAAUCAAAUAGCUCUUCGUCAUCAACAUAUCAAGUUAUAAAGCAACAAAAACAGCCAUACAUUCAGAUGAGAUUUUCAUUCUCAGAUCAAUACAGCGAUGUUGUCACUUCUGAAUCGUUGUUUGUAGAUUCUGUCAGACAAGGUCUGGUCUCUCAAACUGGCUAUUCUGCUAAUAGCUUUAAAGACUUACAGCUUGAAAGAGAGCCAUUCCGUGUGUCUCUCCAACUGCAUGCAAUAGAGGGAAAUGUGACACUAGAUGAAAAGUUUAAAAAUAUCGACACAUUGAUCCGAUUUGGUAUUCUUGAACUAACGAAUGAAGAUGGUCAGCUGUUAACAGUAACUCCUGGAAGUCUGCAGUAUCAUACGAUGUAUCAUGCAGGAACAAAAGGAACAAGAGCGACCAGUGUACCAACGUUUUUAUUGUCGAUAUUUGCCAUAUUAUCUGCUGAGCUUAGGUAGAACAACACAAUGAUUACUGUAAUGUACAUCAAACAAACAUACAAACAUGGACCGGACCGGACGAUACUGCAUAACAUAUUUAAUUAUUUUCAUUCUUAAAUUAUUACUUUAUAUUCUUUCCUAUAUGUUCUUAUUAGUACAAAUAAAGAAAAGCUCUUUCAGGAUUGGCACAAUACUUAACUUAAGAACGGAAGACGGAAACACACACGUGCCGAGUUAUAAAUUGUGCAGAACUAAAUUUUGAAAAGAAUAACAUACGUCAAUAUGAAUGUUACUAAUCAUACUGUUAUAUACUCGUUAUAUGUUAUUGAUAUUUUCAUCUCGUGUUUGGUUUUAAAUAUUUUUUAUACAGUAAUCAUUCAUCGCUGUUUGUGUGAUUUUCUUUUGAAAGUUCUUAUACAACUUCAUAUUAUGAUAUUAUCUCCCUUGAUUGACAUGUUCUUGGUUUGAGAAUCUUAAGUCGGUGCGGGGGGGCGGGGAGUUAGCUUGUAGUUUCCAGUAACGUCCAUGAAAAGGCUCAAUCAAACGGAACCUGCAACAAUUUUUUUACAUUGGCCAUUUUUGAUUUUGGACGCUCUUGAGGUAUUUUUCUCCAUUUGUUAUCAUUGACAUAUUAUUUGUUCUUGAUCAUUCUUAUCUAUACCGCCUUUUUAUGGGAUAACAACACCAUUACAGAAAAGGUUUUUCAUUAUAAUAGUUUUCUGUCAAGAAAUAUCCGUGAGUUUUUGUAUGAAGUUAUUUGGUAUAUUCAUGCAUCAUUAAAACACAAAAGCUAUGCAUUUUUAAUCUCCCUUGAACAUACAAAUCUAAAAAGAUUAUGCGAUUGUUACUUAACAAUUUCUUUUUUCUGUAUGGUCACAUGUUGUACAGUUCUUUCGCAUUAAUGGGCAUUUCAUAUAUUAGCUUAUUUGUGUGUUGCAAAAAUGAAUAGUUACCUUCAGUCUGUGUUAUCUCUUAAACUUCUUAAUUUCUAAGUGAGAAUAUUUUAAAAACGCCCAAAAAAUAAUUGAUCCUAAAAGAGAUAAAUUAAUUUAGAAUAUUUAAUGAAACACUUCAUAUACUUCAGGCGCUUUUGAUUAAACAAUAUUCAGAUCAAUACAUAUAAAAUGAUAUUUUAUUUACAUACAUUUUUAAAAUAUAGAAUUAUACUGUUUUUGCUGUGCUAGUCUGUAUUUAUGUCAAGCAUUUAAAUAUUCAAACUUUAAUACAUCUUUGUUGUAAAGUACAUGUACUUGUUUAAAAGAUUGUUUUAUUUUAUGCCAACUUUAAGCCAUUUUUCAAAAAUUUAAUCGUUUAUUUUCGAUCAUAGGCCGUUUGUUUUCACCUUCACUCCUGGUAAAUUUUCUUUUUCAGGGUAUAUAGACUCUGUAAUUUUACAAUUAUUUCCUUUGUUUUUCAGUGGUCACUAAAAAACUUGAAUCUGAGAAUCUCAUUGAAACGAACUCUUUGACAGUUUCUUUUUCAAAGAUAUUUUGCGUUUUCUGACAUUCAUUAGAGAGUACGAGGGGCAUAUAUUAAUUAGUGGCAACAACUCAAUUUAAAAAUGAUUUGCACGUGAAAGAUAAUUGAUUUUUUCUAGCCAAUUUGCAUAAAUUUUUAGCAGGUCAUUUAUUUACAUGGGGUUUUGUAUACUGGUUGUAAACAUGGCUUACAUUGUGAUGUGAGAGAGGAGCAAAGAGUUGAUUGCAAACUUUGUGGAUCAUUAGGUAGGGUCUACAGGAUCAAAUUACUCCAUGAUAAUGCACCUGCGCAUCGGCCAGGCUUGGUUCAGCUUAUUUAGAGCAGCAGAGAAUUGAGGUUUUACUACAUCCCGCUUAUAGUCCUGACCUCUCUCCUUGUGACUUUUGGUUUAAUCCAUACAUUAAAUCUUGCCUUUGGGGUCGCCGGUUCGAAACCAAAAGUGAAGUCGGAAGCGCUCUCUACCAAUGUAUAAACAGUAUACACACAGAACAGUUCAGAAAUGGAUUCAGUGGCUGAAAAAAAUGUGUAGAGGUCCAUGAUGAAUAUUUUGAACGACUCUACUAAUCAUUUUCCAGGUGUACUCUUGCAAAGAUCAUGCACAGGUAUGACUUAAUUAUAAAAACGCGCUGCCCUUGCCACUAAUUAAUAUGCCCCUCGUUUAUUUAUGGUAACACCGGAGUUCAGAAGGUGGUAGUCUUGUGUUGGAGAUUUUUGUUUGGUGAUGCAUUCAUUGAAUGCCGCCCAUCCUUGUUGAUCUUUGUUUCUAUAUUUCAUAAGGUUACUUUUUCUCAUAAAGUAUUUUAGCUGAUUAACCUUUACAAACCUAGACAUUCAUACUUGACAAUUUUAAAUUUCAC